CAUUCAUUGCCCUUUUUAUAAGUGCGAAACAACAUCUGUUUAAUAGAGCGGAAAAUGUUAAGCAAAUUAAAUAUUUUAACUAUCUUCAUAAUUACAAUAAAUGUAUCUCAAAGAAUUCAGGCGGCUAGAUGGAGUUGUGCUCGUAAUGCUUCCGAUAUACCUAUGCAGCAAUAUUUAAAUAAAACAUCGGGAGUGUGGUACGAGCAAGUACGUAUACCUCCAGCAGAAGUUCCUGCCUGCGUUAAAGUUAAAGCACCUUCGAGCGUAGAAAAAAACGAAUAUCAUCUAGAACUAGAUUACGUUAACAAUGUCAAUAAAAAAUGGGAAUUCAUGCAGGAGAAUUUAACCUUUCCAUGGGCCGACGAGGUUGAAAAUGGGAAAUUCGUAUUAAGCUUUGAUAAUGGUGAAGUUAACAUUACAUACAGAUUACUGAAUGCAGAGGACGGGAAUUUGAUGCUACUUUGCGGCUACGCGGAAGGGCUUUCAGCUAUACCGGUAUUUAAGAUUUUAAGUCGUGAUAUAGUACCCGAUGAAGAGCAGUUAACGAUUUUGUUGAAUUCACUAGAAAAAUUGGGAAUAAAACCUAAUCAAAUUACUCGGGUUUAUCAUGGCGAAAGGUGUAACAGCGCAAAUCGUUUAAGACCGGUAACUUUUGUUUUUGUAUUUUUUGUUGUUUUAUUUCGCAUAGCAUACUAUGUAUAGCACCGCAUCAAGUACUUUAAGUUAAUAAAAUAUUUAAA